UCUUCUCUCCAGGAUUUCAAAACCUAUGUGGAUCAAGCUUGUAGAGCUGCAGAUGAAUUUGUCAACAUUUAUUAUGAGACAAUGGAUAAAAGAAGAAGGGCUUUAACAAGACUUUAUUUGGACAAGGCAACAUUAAUUUGGAAUGGUAAUGCAGUGUCUGGGCAAGAAGAACUGAAUAAAUUUUUUGAAAUGUUACCAUCUAGUGAAUUCCAGGUUAAUAUGUUGGACUGCCAGCCUGUUCACGAGCAAGCUACUCAAGGCCAGACGACAGUCCUCGUGGUGACAAGUGGGACAGUAAAAUUUGAUGGUGACAAGCAGCGCUACUUCAAUCAGAACUUCUUGCUGACAGCACAAGCCACACCUACCAACACAGUGUGGAAAAUCGCCAGUGACUGCUUCCGCUUUCAGGACUGGGCCAGUUAGUGAGGUUUGGCUCCGGGAAGUGACCUCUCUUAGUCGACAGGGUGAAGUUAGCUGUGCGGACAGCUGUUCUCCACGCACGGGAAACGCUCGCUCUUCGGGCUGCGUCUGUUAUUAUGGAAGGGCUGCAGAUGUUUCAGCGUUGAUCCCAAUGACUAUGGGUUUAGUAGUAAACGGUCUUAAAAUUUGAGAGGUUGCUUGUGAUUGUUGAACCUAAUAAAAUGCUGGAGGCAGCGAGCUGUGUUGGAAUCAUUCCUAAAAUGCCUUACGUGCAGCUAUGCUGCCAAUUCCAGACUUCUGUGUAAUGCUGAAUGCUGAAACUCAGCAGUUCAAACUGAUUUUGAACACAGGAUCUUACAAUUCUGACCAAACGUGACAUUUUUUCAACUUGAAAAGUUCUGUUUUCACAGUAGCAUCUUCCCUCUUUUGAAGAAGAUGCUUGUGGCAUGUCGAGAGAAUUCAUAAAUCUUCUUACUCUUGGUUGUAAGAGGCUAGAAAAGAUUGACAGUGAUUUCUGUUGUUUAUGAAAGCAGCAAAUACAGCUCCUGAUUGUGUAAUCUCUCAAAUAAUGCAUUGGAAAGCUAAUGUUGCCUUCUCUGAUACAAAAGGACUAAAUAAUCUCAUCAGGUUUCCUUUUGAUUUUACCUUCUUAGACUUUGGUUGUAAUUAAUUUACAUUGAUUAGUAUGUAGGGCAUGCUGAAUGAUUCAGAGCUCUUUUGCCAACAACUCUUGUCACAUGCAUGUGAAGGGCUUCAAACUGAUUAUUUUUCUUUUGAAGUCUUAUAGUGUAAGAAAUAGGUCAGUUACAUCAUUUCUGUUUGCUUUAACUGUUAAUUCUGUUGCUAUGAAGUUUGGACUAUUUUUCCCAUAUCUAGUCUGCAAGUUUUGAAUCCCUACCGUGUUUUCAGGAAAAAAUGUAAAAAAGUGACACUGAAAGUGUGUAUUACUGUGAAGCCUUCACUUUUUAUCUUCAGUACUGUUAGUCAGAACAGGUGCUUUGAUUAUUUUCAACUUAGAACAGCUCUGAACACAAAUACCAUCUUCCUCAUGCAGAUUUUUAAUGUUUUCAUUUUCUUUUUAAAUACUACCUUUGAUUCUGGGAUUUUGUGUGUGUCUUGCUUUAAAUUUGUAGUUUAAAGCUUUCAACUGCUUUAAAGUAGUUUUCAAGACUGCAGGUUAAGACUGUCCAUCUUAACUUGGGAAUUUAGGAGUAGAUCUGAGUAUCAGCAGAUUUGUUUCAGACUGGUACGUUUCUAUUUUAAGCUGAGUUAAAAUCAAAUGUAGCUACAUACGUGAGAAUAUACUUCUUUGUAACUGAAAAUAAUGAGGGGAACUUGUAAUUCUGAUCUUAACAUGUUGCAGUGACAGCAGCAACCUGAAUACAAAAGCAGUUAUGACUGCAGCUCACUUGUUUUUAAGAUUUAAAUUAGGAAAACUGUGAAAAUGAGCAAUAUUUAACUGGUGUAGAACAUGUUAAAACAUCUGUAGUUUGUGAUGUAAUUCCACAAAUAAUGGGAUGUUUAGGUGAAAUCGGUGGGUUUAUUUCCUUUUAAGGCACUCUAGUCCUUACAUCAGUAAGUUAAAUUGGUAACCUAUCUCUAAUCAGAAGCUGUUUAUGUUCUGAACUAUUGUGUGACUAUUUUUCAGCCUGAAGAAUAUGAAAUCCUGCAAAACAAUGCAAGAAGUCCAGAAUUUUUGAAAAUGUAAAUACUGUAAAUACAUUGUUAUUUCUGUAUGUGGUGAAGAAAGGAUCACUAUUUAAUUACUGUUUGUUCUUAACAGGAUAUGCGGGGUUCAUAUAUUUGUAUUUCUUCUACAACUUUGAAAAAAAGACUUAACCCUAAAUUUGCCUGUUACUGAUACAGUGUUGUUUAAGUGUGACACUGGCAUGGUGUGCUUUUCUGGUUUUAUAAUUUGCUGUUGAUUGUAUAAGUAGUGUUAAAGAUCUGCUUUGCAUGCACAAACCAGGUUUUGACUUUUGAAAUGUAGUGAUGGGUGCAACUGUAGCAUUUGCUUGUGGAACUUUGAAGGCAGUUGCCAGAACACACACUUACAUCUGUACCUGAUAAGCUUAUCCGGGGAAUAAAUAUUUAUUGGAUAUUUUUAUUCAGUGUUUAAUUUGUAUAGUAGUUUAAGCUUCUUCUGGGCAGAUUAGGAGAUUUAGAAUAUAUGAGGCAGUGUUUCAAUCAAGUGCUUACUUUCAUGCUAUUCAAAUGCAGGCUCCUUUUAAAUCUGACUUCUGUAAUUAACAUUGAAAAAACCCAACCAAACAGAAAAAGCCACCACUACCUGGAACAUUACUUAGGAAGCUUACGCCUAGCUGGACAAACCCAGUGUAAACUCUUACAUAGAGGGUAUGUAGUUGGAAUUGGACUUGGUAUGCAUGCAGGAGUUUUUGAAGAGAACUUUAUUAGAACACAAUUGCUUCAGCCUAGGGAGAAGUGCCAGUGACAUACUGCCUGUUUCCAUCAUCUUUAAUGAGGAUAGCUUAGGGUGAGCUACCAUGAUUAGCUGUUGCUCUUUAUAACUGAAAAUGGUGUUACAAAAUAUUUUCAUGGAGCAUACUAAGUGAUAAUGUAGCUGUUAGAUUAAAUCAGUGAUUGUACAACUGGGUAAUUAAUGACACAAACUAAAAAUCUCUUCCAAACUAGCUGGAGAAGUUAGGGAUGCUGCAGCUCUGUGCUGCUUGUUAAAACUCUGGGCUGAAAUUAGCAGAAGAGAACAUACGAAUGCUUUUUAUUCUAUUCAGUACAAAACCAUCUGGCUGGUUUUGUGUUCCCCAUUGCUGACUGCUGUAAUAUCCAAAAUUUACAAUGGGCAUCUGUAAAGUGGACAUGGUUUUCCUCUAAACUGUAAACAGGAGUCAAUACUACCGUAUUUUGCUGUUUGAUACCAAGUUACUCAGUACAAGUGGUCAGUGAAACAAAGCCAGCUGAAGAGCUAAGCACUUCCUCACACUAAGUUGUGGCUUCUGAAGACUUGAUAGAUCUUCUCUUUUGUGUAUAUUCCCUGUAUUGUCUUUAUCACUCAUCGGUUUUAUGUUGCUUUGUUCUUUUGGCAUACUACAGUUAAAUUGACUUAAAAUACUCGUGCUGUUCUUGGAAUAUAGAAAAGUGACCUGUUCUGAUGGUAUGAAUGAUUUGUUCUGAUGGUUUUGAUAUGUGUACGCUUCCUGAUCCUGAUUGGUGAAAAAGCACAUUAUAAAGAAAUGCUGUUUUAUCAGUAAAGUAACUUUCCACACUUGAAUAUAUUUUCUAAGUUUUUGAAAUUAAGACCUCUUGUAAGAUUAAUUUUUAAAAAACAAAAACCUACCUGAUGCUUGGGUUUUUUUAUUAUUGUUGUUUUCAUAGUUUGUUUUUAUGAUAUUAAAAGCACAGGAAAUAAUUUGUGGCUUCCUUAUCUUUACUGCUUAUGUUCUAGGUACGACUUAAGGUGUUCUGUUUGUUGCAGCAUGGUGCUGGGGCACUGCAGUACAGGCUGGCUAUGAGCUCUUUGUCAGUGCUGCAGCAAAAAAAAAAAUCUGUCUGGAAUAAUAACCCUAUAGCAAAUGCUUCACCAGGAGCACUGUCAAGAAGUAAACAGUGUUGAACUAGCUAGAGUAACAAUCUCAAAUCGACAUUUCCCUUUAAAAUUUACUGGAAUUUAGACUGCUGUCCAACAAAUACCUGAAUGAAGUCAAACAAAACUUGAGCCAGAUCUGUGGAUUGUGAAUAUUUUUACUGAGAACAUACUGUUGUGCCUCUGCUGUUUCUCUGCUAAGAAGAAAUUAAACACUCAAGCAACGGUU